AUGACUGAGUCGACCGCGACCGCUGUACUUCCAGAGCCUGAGGCCGCAGCCCCCAAUCUCUCCAAAGAAGAGGGCGAUCCGCAGAAUGCCUUGACACGGCAGUUCACCGACGAAGAGUGGAAGGCGGUGAGGGAACUCCGGGGACGCCUUUCCGCCAUAUUCAACGAGGCAUAUCCCGCGCGAGAGACGGCCAAAGCGGGCCCCAUCACGCUCUGGGGCGUGAAGAUUGACCCGGAGAACGCGAGCGACGCACGUGUGAGCGUUGUCCUCGUCAAGUUUCUGCGCGCGCGGAACCUCAACGUCGCCGACGCGCAGAAGAUGCUGCUCGACACACUUCGCUGGCGAGAAGAGUUCAAGGUCGAGCAGGCCUGCGCGGAGGAGUUUCCGGAUGGGAUCUUCGGCGGGCUCGGCCGCAUCUCUGGCCACGACACGCAUAACAGGCCGGUAGUAUACAAUCUCUACGGGGCCAAUAAGAAUCUAAACGCUGUGUUCGGCGACGUCGAGCGGUUCCUCCGUUGGCGUGUCGCCUUUAUGGAACAGUGCAUCGAGCUGCUUGACUUUGAGACGGUCGACCAGAUGGUCCAGAUCCACGACUACGACGGCGUCUCCAUGAUGGCGGGGAGAGAUGCAAACCAAAAGGCGGCCGCGUCCCAGGCCAGUGCUCUCUUCCAGAACUACUACCCCGAGUUCCUGUCCAGCAAGUUCUUCGUCAAUGUGCCUGGCUUAAUGGCCUGGGUCUUCUGGCUCUUCAAGCCUUUCUUGUCUGCCAAGACACUGGAGAAAUUUAGCAUGGUGGGCAGUGGCCCAAAGACUAUCGGCGCGGCACUUCUGCCCCUUAUUGAUGCUACACAGCUGCCAAAGCGGUAUGGUGGGGAAGCUGACGACCUCGCCUAA